AUGAGUAAUUCAAAAAAAUAAAUCUAAAAAAAAUCAGUAUAUACAAUAAUAAUACUUUACUCAUUCGUACACACUUCUAAAAACAAACGGUUUACUCCCAAAAAAAGCAUAAGAGGAAAGCAUAUUUUAAUAACAGGCGCCGGAAGUGGAAUAGGUCGUUAAAUGUCUAUCCUUUUAGCUAAACUAGGAGCUAAAAUCUCAAUAUUAGACUUAAAUAUUCAAGGUGCCGAAUAAACUUAGUAAAUAAUCACCUAAUUAGGCUAUUAAGACCAAACUAAAGCAUUUAAAUGUGAUGUAUCUGACAUAAACGAUGUCAAAACGCAUUCUAAUAAGCUUAAAACAUCUACGGAAGUGUCGAUAUUCUCAUAAACAACGCCGGGAUAGUAUCUGGUAAGAAAAUAUUAGAAGUAAGCGAUAAAUAAAUUGAGUAAACAAUUGCAGUAAACACCAUUUCGCACACAUAUACAGUAAGAUAAGUUUUACCGUAAAUGCUUUAAAGAAAUUCAGGACAUAUAGUCACAAUAGCAUCUGUUGCAGGACAUAUUGGAGUUGCCGGUUUAGCUGAUUAUUGCGCAAGCAAAUUUGGGGCAGUCGGUUUUGAUGAAAGUAUUAGAAUGGAAAUGCUAAAAUUAGGAAAGAAUAUAAAAACAACGUGUAUUUGUCCAUAUUUUAUUAAUACUGGAAUGUUUGAUGGAGCUAAAAGUAAAUUCCCGUUACUUUUACCAAUUUUAGAGGAAAAAUGGGCAUCAUAAAGGAUUGUAAAUGCAAUUUUAUAAGAGGAAAAAGUAGUUAUUAUGCCAUGGUUUUUAAAUAUUUGUGUGA